AUGCGGCUGCGGCCUCGCCCGUUUUCCCCAAAAGAACGCGAACACAAAUCUCCGCAUGUGGAUCCAUGGCCCGUCCAAGCCCGUGGAAUAAGUUGCUCAGAGAUAAAGAUAAAGAUAAAAGACAAAGCGUUCAGCUGUAGCACCCUCCCGGUGCCUAGCUGCCAUGCCACCCUAAGGGAGCACGAGGGCUGGGAUACUGCCAGGUUGCCCAAGCCUAGACAGGGGAAGUCGAGUGGCGGAGGUCGGAUUCGAACCACGGACCUUCAG